AACGGCUCUCCCCCAAUUUCAAAUAAACCCUAUUCUCCCACUCUCCCUUCAGACCAAAUCCUCUCAAUCUCUCCCUAAUUGUGUGUUGUGUGUGUGGAUCUAUACACGAAAAAGCGAUCUAGGGUUUGUUUCUUCGGUUUCAUUAAAUCAGGGGUGUUCAAAGCACUAACACAAACACGAUUUCACUGACGGGGAACUCGAGAAUGGAUCUUCCACAAGAAACUGAUGACUACAUUCGUGAAUCUAUAGAGUAUUCACUCGGUCUUCCUGUAUCUACACAUACUCUUGAGUUAAAGCUUCGAUUUUCAGAAGAAACACAAAGGCAGCUUCGCGAUCAGUAUUUGUAUUUGAAAUCCAAAUUGAAAGAGAAAGAUGAAACCAUCGAACGUGUUAGGGUUGAAUCGAGUCUGAAUGCACUUGCUGUAAAGAAAUUCGUAGAAGAGAAUCAAAAACUGGCUGCAGAAUGUUCUAAUUUGUUAAAUCAGUGUAAGAAGUGGGAGAAGGAAUGUUCAUUGUAUGACCAUGAUCGAGAAGCUUUAAUGGACUUUGGGAACGAGGCAGACAACAGAGCUAAGGAGGCAGAGUCUCGUGUUCAUGAUUUGGAAGAUCAAUUAAGUAAAUUGUCUGAAGAACUCCAGUUCUAUAAGCAUCAAUCAGAGACCCAACAAGUUAGUGAAGUGACAAAAACUGCAUCUUCAGAACAUUUUCUUGUUGAUACAUUGCUAUCAACUUUGAUUACCAAAGACAACAUUCCAUCAACUGCACAUUCUUUCUUAGAGGCAAAUAGUGGGGUUGAAGUGUGUCAAAAGAUGCUACAAAUGUGGGAAAGCUUGAAGCCCUCAACACAAAAGGUUUUAGCACUUGCUUCUGAGGUGAAGAUACUGCUGCAAGAAAAGGAUCAUUUAAUGAAUAACCUCACAACAGCAGAAGAAGAGGUUAAAGUCUUGUAUGAAGAAAAUGACAUUUUGGAUAAAGAAAAUAGGAGAUUGAUGAAGCUAAUCCAAAAAGAAAGACAAGUGAAUAAUGAUUCUGGUGGAAAGAUUAGUAGUGCAUCCUUAAAGAAUAAUAAAAGGAAAUGUAGUCCAAGAGAAAAUAGUCCAAUUGAGAAGAAAAUUGACUUCAUUGAAUCGGGUUCACCAAGGCAAGCAUUAUCUCCUUUGGGACAUAACACCCCAGAGUCUCGAUUGCACAAGAAGUAAAUCUUUUACAAAAAGAAAAUUAUGAAUUUUGGAUUUAUUAUAUUGUUUAUGUGAAAUGUGAACUAUUAUUGGUAA